GGCCAAGGUGAUGUUCAGGGGUAAAACUUGCUCCUCCCCUUUUCAAUACAGAUGCGAAAAAGGGGAGCUCCAUUUGGAAAUAUUCAAUUGACAAUGAGUGUCAUUAUCAAGGACACUGUCAUUUGCCUACAUUACCCUACAAUUUUUAUUUGAAACUUUUCUAGAAUACAGUUUUCAAAAUAUUUAGAUGGGGAGAUUUAAACCAUCUAUGUGAAAAAUUUAGUAGGCUGUGAAGCUUAAGGAGGGAGGGGGUAAUUUUAAUGUGCAAAUAAAGUGAAGUAGAAAUACUCUCAAUUUUGGAACUCUUGCAAGUUCAAUUAGUUACUUAAUGUGCAAGUUUGACUACUAUGUUUGACUGACCUUGUUAUUUUACUGUUUGUGAGAUCGCAGUGGUAAAGCUGAAUAAAAAACAUCCAGUAUAGAGCUGAAACUAUGAAGGAGUAACAAGUAACACAUUGAUUUUGAUUCUAUUUAUUUGCAGUUGCUGGCGCUCUUUGUUCAGAAAAUGUUGCGGACCCCGCAUUCUGCAGCCUCGCACCAUUUCUCUGGGCAAGCCGACUCCCGGACAGUUCCCCGCGAACGCCAUAAGGAAUCAGAAAUAUAACAUCAUCACUUUUCUACCCCUAGUUCUCUUCCAGCAGUUCAAGUUUUUCCUCAACCUCUAUUUUUUGAUUAUGGCUACAAGCCAGUUUGUUCCAGAUAUACGAAUUGGGUAUUUGUAUACGUAUUGGGGUCCAUUAUGUUUUGUACUUUUUGUGACUAUAUGUAGAGAAGCAAUAGAUGAUUUACGCAGGCACAAAAGAGAUCAAGAAGUGAAUAACCAGAAAUGUAAAAGACUAUUGAAUGACGUCAAUAAACCAUUUGAAAUAGUUGCUGCGCACAAACUGAAGGUGGGGGACUUGAUUGUGGUUGAUAAAGACGAACGAGUGCCCGCGGAUUUAGUACUUUUACGUACAUCUGAAAGCAGCGGUUCAGUUUUCGUGAGAACAGAUCAGUUGGAUGGUGAAACUGAUUGGAAGCUGAGGCUAGCUGUACCAGCUACGCAGAAGCUAGCCUCAGACCAUCAGCUAUUUGAAAUCAACGCUAGCAUCUAUGCUGAAAAGCCACAAAAGGACAUCCAUUCAUUCAUUGGUACCUUUACUCGGUUGGAUUCUAUGAAUGGAGAUGAAAGCUUGGACCUGGAAAACACUCUCUGGACAAAUUGUGUGAUAGCUUCCGGUCAGGCCACUGGAUUAGUUAUUUAUACAGGUCCAGAAACUAGAUCAGUGAUGAAUAAUUCUGCUCCAAGAUCUAAAGUCGGCUUGUUAGACAUAGAAGUAAACACAAUAACAAAAUUACUAUUUGUGGCAGUGAUUGGUUUAGCAUUACUAAUGAUGGCUUUGAAAGGUUUUAGUGGACCUUGGUACAGAUAUCUAUUCAGAUUUGUCUUGUUGUUUUCCUAUAUCAUACCAAUUAGCUUGCGGGUAAAUCUAGAUAUGGGAAAAUCCUUCUACUCAUGGUCUAUUGGAAAGGAUCCUGCUAUGAAAGGCACUGCAGUGCGGUGCACUACCAUUCCUGAAGAAUUGGGAAGAAUAUCGUAUUUAUUGACUGAUAAAACUGGAACAUUAACGCAAAAUUCGAUGGUGUUAAAAAGAUUGCAUAUCGGUACUGUUUGUUAUGCUACGGAUAGUUUUAAUGAUGUGAGUACUAUACUGAAAAGCUCUUUUUAUAAUCCAGAAGGUUCUGGACAGAAUUCGACAAAAUUCAAGAGAUCUGAACACACUAGGAUUAAGGACGCCGUACAGGCACUAGCUCUCUGUCACAACGUGACUCCUGUAUAUGAGACCAACGAUAACACAAGCUUAGAUUCUGGUUCUCUAGAAUCAGAAACAGAAGCAGAUCAACACCUACAAUCGUCUGGAAACAUAGUCACUUACCAAGCUGCCAGUCCCGAUGAAGUUGCCUUAGUCCAAUGGACUCAGGCUGUUGGGUUGAUGUUGAGUAGAAGAGACUUGAAUUCCAUGCAGCUCAAAGCACCGAAUGGCAGGACCUUGAACUACGCCAUUUUGCAAAUAUUCCCUUUUACCAGCGAGACAAAACGCAUGGGGAUUAUCGUCAAAGAUUUGCAAACAGGCGAGAUCCUCUUCUAUUUGAAAGGUGCAGAUGUGGUGAUGUCAGCUAUUGUACAGUACACGGAUUGGCUAGAGGAAGAAGUAGGCAAUAUGGCCAGAGAUGGUUUGAGAACGCUUGUGGUGGCCAAGAAAGUGCUGACAGAGGAACAGUACCAAGAUUUUGAGAAUCGGUACAAUGCUGCGAGAAUGUCCACCACGGAUCGAGUUACCAGAGUUGCACAAGUAGUGGAAUCACUGGAAAGAGAGAUGGAACUGCUUUGCGUCACAGGCGUUGAAGAUAAACUCCAAGACAACGUACGUGCCACCCUAGAGCUGCUCCGUAACGCCGGGGUGAAAAUCUGGAUGUUGACCGGCGACAAGUUGGAGACGGCCACGUGUAUAGCGAAGAGCUCUCGGCUGGUGUCCAGGACGCAGGGCCUGCACGUGAUGAAGAAGGUGGUGACGCGUACCGAGGCGCAUCUAGAACUGAACAACUACAGGCGCAAGCAGGACUGCGCGCUGGUGAUCAGCGGCGAAAGUUUGGAGGUGUGUUUGUCAUGUUAUCAGCCGGAGUUUAUGGAGCUGGCAACGGCAGCGCCGGCGGUUGUUUGCUGUAGGUGUUCUCCAACGCAGAAGGCGCAAGUGGUCCAGUUGAUACAGAAGCACACUGGAAAAAGGACUGCAGCAGUAGGUGAUGGAGGCAAUGACGUCAGCAUGAUUCAGCAAGCAGAUGCUGGUAUUGGUAUUGAAGGUCGCGAAGGAAAGCAGGCCAGUUUAGCCGGAGACUUUAGUAUCCCACAGUUUUCUCAAUUAGCAAGGUUGUUACUAGUGCAUGGUAGGAAAUCAUACAAACGAUCAGCAUCCCUAGCCCAGUUUGUGAUACACAGAGGAUUGAUCAUUUCCACGAUGCAGGCUGUGUUUAGUAGUGUGUUUUAUUUGAGUUCUGUUGCCUUAUACCAAGGAUUUUUGAUGGUCGGAUAUGCUACAGUGUAUACCAUGUUCCCAGUGUUUAGCUUAGUGCUGGAUCAGGAUGUAAGUCCGGAAAUAGCGCUCAGAUACCCGGAACUGUAUAAAGAACUAGCUAAAGGAAGGAGUUUGUCUUUCAAAACGUUCUUUAUGUGGGUACUGAUCAGUAUUUACCAAGGUGGCGUGAUCAUGUAUGGAGCCUUGCUGCUAUUCGAGGACGAAUUCAUUCACAUAGUAGCUAUUAGCUUCACCUCACUCAUACUUACAGAACUGAUCAUGGUGGCCUUAAACAUCAGAACGUGGCACUAUCUCAUGGUGUUGGCGGAACUAUUUUCACUAGGGCUGUAUGGAUUGUCGCUUGUUGUUCUACAUGAUUAUUUUGAUGCCGAAUUCAUCAGAACGAAAGAUUUCUUCUGGAAAGUACUUGUGAUAACUCUAGUUUCUUGUCUGCCUCUAUAUAUUUUGAAAAUUUUGAGGAAGAAAUUCUCACCGCCCAGUUACAGUAAGCUAUCCUAAUUCACAGUUUAAUUUUUUACCACGUCAUCGCGAGUUUUCCAUUAAAUGAGUAGUGGCAGUCUGGACACGUCAUCUAGACAGACGAAGAUGCUAAUGGUAGUUUUAUGAUGCACUAGUUGAAUAAAAUAUGUACUGAAUCUGAACAGAUUGUUUACGAACUUGAAGGUACAAAUGAACAACUCAAACUUUGAAAUAAUCUGCGUUGAACAGUUUGAAUGAAUAGGAAAGAGUGAAUGAGUCGUAUGAAGGAAAUGUUUAUAUCCCAAAAAAGUUUGUAUUUAUUUAAAGUACCAGGCACAAAACAUACGGAUUUGACCACUGGUCAAUUUUGUGCCUUAAUCUUCAAACAUCUCAGUUUAAAAGUUGUCCAGCCUAUGUUGACUGAGUAUAUAAAUUUUACAAUUUAUGUUUGAUAGAAACAUGUUGGUGAUCUGAAAAUCACGACGAUAAAUAGCAUUCUACUGCAUAAGUUAUGGAGGCUUAUCAAAUAAAUCCAAUUCAUUUUGGAAAACAAAAAAGGCGUUUUUAUGAAUGUUCUGUUAAUAUUAGAAUCUCUUUUGUCUAUACAAAACGGCAUCAGGGGCGGAGCCAAGGAUGACAUAUUUGUAUCAUAUCAACAAAGUUCUGGUUUAAGUUUCACACUCUGUAUACUUUCGUAGCUGUCUAUCAAUGAAGAAAGCCUUAGUUUGGUCCUGCAUCUUGUGCUGACAAUAACUAUAAAAUGACUUUUUUUCGUGUACAUGUACACAGCAGAUCACUUACAGCGCAGCAUGAGGUCACAAGACACUAUGUUUAUUUACAGUAACGAUGAAUUUAGUGCAUGAAAAAGAAAUAUUUCCAGAAAAACUCGGUUAAACAUAAACUCAUGUAACUUUUACUGAUUUUUAAAAAAUCUAGGCAUGAUCUCGUGAUCAAAAACUUUAUGCCAAAUUCCCUAGAGACAUUAUAUUAAAACAGUUUUACAGUCCUCAGGACCAAUGCAUGCAAGCUCUUGCAAUUGCAAGACGGUAAUUUGUCUGCAAGAGAAAUGCAUCCAAUCACAAAACAAUUAAAUAUAACCACACAAACCACCUUGGGGACAUUUGAAAGCAUUGGUAACAUGUAAGUUACUAUUCCAUCGUAAUUGCAGACAAACUUGCAUGGAAAAUCCAACUGAUUGAUUUUCAUGUAAGGCCCCACAUGAAGUAUCAGCUGUUUUGUUAGUGCGCAUGCGUCUGAUUAACAUUUUUCUUGUUCUUGCUGACUGUAAACCGGGUAUUAAUGUUGAUAUGAUUUUUGUUUUGCCGUACUACCCAACUAACUUUAUAGCAAACAUCAUCUGAUAUACAAAACUAGCUUUCGUACGUUUAGAUUGAAAGGUCGUUUUUCUUUAAAGUCCCCCAUAACGUUUCCAUGAACUUUUUGCACAAAUAAGUAUGAAAUGUCAAUUAAGCGCAGCGGUUUAAGUGGAUAACGAAUAUGUAUAGGUUGUAAUAUAGAUAUGUGUAAAAAAUUCUGUACUUUUACUAACGUUACACGAUAUUCAAAUUCAGCUAUGUUUGAUAUUGUGAAUUAAAAUAAACCAACCAGUUUCAUUCGUACGACCUGUGAAGAGUGGUAAUAGCAAUUUAUUUGCUAUAAACAAUUAAAUCAAGUUGGAUGAAAAAUAACCUAAAAUCUAAUGCAGUGUGUAAUAUAGAGUGCCAAACAAAAUUUAAUGUUCCCAUUUUUGUAAAAAUAAUUGGUGUGCACUCACAAUGCUUGGGUGAAUUAGGAUACUUUGAAUUGGUAAAGAAUAAUUUCUAGAAUUAAUGAUAUAAAUCAGUAUUUUGCUAAAAGCGAUAACUGUUAGAUUGAAAUUAACCAUAAAAUGGUAAACAUAUUUGAUGAAAUCGAAUUAUACAACCUUUGUGAUUUCCAUGUACAUUGAGUGAGUAUUUCAAAUUUUGAGUUGUACAUCCAUAAUUAUUAAUAACUAAAACAGUCAAUCAAUUUUUGAUUUUUAAAACAAAAUAAUGUAUUAUAUAUUCACAUUUGUUUUAUUGUUGUAUUAUAAUGUUUAAUAAUUUAUUAUACUUAUCCAUAAAAGAUAUGAAAUAUAUAUGCC